UCGGCCGCAAGCAAGUAAAACGCGCCACCUCUUAGCAAUCUCCCUCUCAAAAACAAUCGUUCUUCCAAACCACGAUCACCUCCAAAACCGCCAUUCCCCAAAGCCACCCUUCUCUGCAGUGAAAAUGUCAGCACGCAGAGGCUUUUGCACAUGGUGCUUUGGUUUCACAUUUCUCCUUGGCCUCACCGCCCUCUUCCUCUGGCUCUCCCUCCGCCCGCAAAACCCCUCUUAUGACCUCAUCGAUUUCUACUCCCCUGCCCUCAACAUCUCCUCUAGUUCCUCCAAUACCACCCGGAAUACCACCGUCCUUUUCGAGCUCAAAAUAUCAAACCCUAACAAAGACAGUGGUAUUCACUACGACGCCAUUAACGUGAGCUUGUAUUACAGGGAAGAGAAGAUAGGAGAGAGCAAUAUGCAGGGGUUCUAUCAGGGUCAUGGGAAGACGGCAAAGAAGAGUGUGGUGAUUGCGGCGGCCGAUGGGCCGUUUUGGGAAGCCGCUUCCCUGGACGUUUUGAAUCGAACGGCGGUAUUCGGGGUGGAUUUGGUGACUGGAUUGAGGUUUAAGGUGGUUUGGGCGAAUACCGGGCAUAAAGGGGUUAAGGUUGCAGGGCAUGUUCCUGUUGGUGUUGAUGGGAAAAUGGUGGCCGGAAAAAAGAAGAGGAUCAAAUUGAAGUAGUACUAUUUUACAUUGAGCCUCUACAUUUUCAAUUCUCAUAUCAAAGACCCUCCUCCGUGUAGUGGAAGGGGGUAUGUGUAAUAGCUUCACCAUUCUUACAAGUGUGCAGAGUGUACAAGGGGCAAUCAAAGAUGCUCCUUCAAGCCUGGUUUGAUGAUACACUUUCUCAUUUGAUGGCCUGCAAAUCCAAUGCCACUGUAAAUUAUAAGCUCUAGAAGCGGUGCAGAUCCUGCAGGUUUGAAAAUCUUGAAAAUCAAUGGUUUAGAUCAAUAGUU